UGGGUGAUGGUGUGUUUUGGUUUUCUGAUGCGCGGGUGCAUUUUUGUGUACGUUGGGGGAGGGUGUGAGUGGUAGAGCGGGUGGAUGGAGCGCAAUGGGGCGGAUUGGCUCAAAUGUGGGGCAAAAAUAUUGAUGGACCGGCUGACGCCAACUUUCUCACACUCCCACACACCCAUCUAUGAGGAUUUUUAUAAAUGCCACUAUACACAACCCCCGUCUCGUUGGGGUCUUACUUUUCAUAUGAAGCCAAGGAGACCGGAUGCAGAAUGCAAUCCCUUUUGCAUCUUUUGGGGGCAUUUGGAGAAAAAAUUGCAUCCGAUCCGUCGAACAUAUUUGGCUACCAAACUUUAUGUUAAAAUGCUGCAAAGCCGUUUAUGGAUUUAAUUUUGGCUUUUUUUUUCCUACAAAGGGGUUCCCCAUUCCUAAAAAAGUAUCAAGUUUUGGUGGGAGAUUUCCAAGAUAUUAUAUACAUUCAAAGAGACAUAGUGAUGCUGCUCCGACACAAAUGAGGUGAUAAUUAAUAUUCAUCUAUACCCAAUGCUCUUGGUGGAUUAACAAACAGGUUUCAUUAGCAAAUCACCACACUGAAUCAUCAUCUUAAGUUGAUAAAUACACUCCAAGCACAGACUAGUAUAAAAGCCAAGAGGCAUCAUUUCGCCGGAGUUACUCCCGUGGAUACCAGUGUGGCAGUGAUACCUCCCAAGUUUGCAAAUAUGUGGCUCCAGAAUUUUCUGUUCUUUCUUAUUAUUGCUCUCAGUGUUGCACAACAGCCAUCAAGGGUAACUGGAGACUCCCUUGGUUGUGGUAUUCUCAAUAGAGUGACCAACACAUCAACUCCUACGACCUUCCACGUGCCAUGGCAUGUUGGUAUCUUCACAAAUGCCACUGAACACACGGGUGUGACCCAUGAACCCGCGACAGUAAUCAAAUGUGGCGGAACAAUCAUCAAUGAAACGACAAUUGCAACGAACGCAAGAUGCAUGUGGAGCGACAAAUACGGGCACAUUGGGAAUCCUUACGAUUACUUUGUGGGCAUCGGACCGAAGCAGGACCUACUGGCCAUUCGCAGAAUUCACGUCCUUCAAGGAUACGAACCCUCUGGAGACUACUCAAAGAGCAUAGCUCUGCUGGAGCUUCGUGAUCCAGUUCGAUUUGAGGAGAAUAACGUGGAGCCUAUUUGUGUGGAUUUCAACGAAACCGAUCAUAGGUCAUCCAAUUGGACGGGAUUUGUCGUUGACGUCCGUGAGGAGCAUCCUCAACAAAUCCUCACCUUUACGGCUCUCAAUGUUCUGGAUGUGCCACAGGAGCAAUGCACCCAAAUCCUGCCAGGAGAUAUUUCACGCGAUAAAUUCUGUGUACGUCCUGUCCAGAAGAACACCGCAGCUUGCAAUGAGGAUGACGAAAGACGAUCAGGAAGUGGACUUUUUGAUGCAAAAGUCUUCAAUGGGACACAGAGAUUUUUCCUCAGAGGCGUCGUAACGUUCAGCAGUGUGAGCCGAGGAGAUGCCUCUGGACGCCUCUGUUCCGGUGUCAUUGUUGCCACGAGAGCUUCCAACUAUGCCACUUUUAUUCGGGGCUAUUAGGUGUAUCCAGGAAGUCACACAGCAGACUUUUUAUCAAGUUGAGAGAGUGUAAUUCAUUUUGGGUGGAUUUAUUAAAAACUCAUUUGGCAUGAA